UCUGCCGUCAUCGUUACCCAACUCUUUACGCGAGCGGCACCGUAUGUUGUCAUUUUUACCUUCGAAAAAGCUGGAAAUUCUGCAAAAAUAUCUCACGUCUUUCAAAGCAAGCCGGUCUCCGACCCUUUAUUUCUUUCCUUCUUUCUUCUAUCCCUGUCGACAAGAUGAAACCUUGUUUAUUUCUCCUUCUGCUCGGGGUCGUUUGGGCAGACAUUUUCCCCGGCGAUGAUUACAAAUUUCACCACCACACUGCGGAGGAGUUGAAGCAGGUUUUGGAUGAAACUCACGCAGAAUGUCCCGACAUUACCCACAUUUACAGCCAGGGUAAAAGCACAAAUGGAGAAGAUUUAUGGGUUAUUGAGAUCACUGAUAACCCUGGACAACAUGAAUCUGGUGAGCCGGAGUUCAAGUACAUUGGCAACAUGCAUGGUAAUGAGGUCGUAGGUCGCGAAAUCCUCCUGGUUCUUAUCCCAUACCUCUGUAAGAUGUACAAGAGCGGGGAUCCAGAGAUAAAACAUCUUAUUGAUGAGACAAGAAUCCACAUCAUGCCAUCCAUGAAUCCCGAUGGCUACAAGAAGGGUUAUGAAAAGGUGAUAGUUGAAGGUAAUAAAGAUGAUUGGCUGACUGGACGAAGGAACGCUAACAACGUGGAUUUGAAUCGCAACUUUCCAGACCUCAAUCGUUACCUGAAGGCCUACAAAAGAACUGAUUUCUCCAGAAUUCACGGCAAAAACCAUCACAUUUCAGCAGCCAUUAAGGAUAUCGGACAUGAGCUGGAAGCAGAGACUAAGGCAGUCAUAGAGUGGCUUCAGGAAUAUUCAUUUGUCUUGUCGGCCAAUCUUCACGGUGGUGAUCUGGUUGCAAACUAUCCAUUCGACUCAAGCUACAAUGAUAAGACGGAGUACCAAGCAUCGCCUGAUGAUGAAGUGUUCAGAGACCUUGCCUCAGCCUAUUCCGAAGCCCAUCUUAAAAUGUCCGACCCGAACAGAAAGUUAUGUGACGGAGAUCUGGGACCAGUGUUCGAGGAUGGGAUUACCAAUGGAGCAGCCUGGUACCCACUCAGGGGAGGAAUGCAAGACUACAACUACCUCCACACCAACUGUUUUGAAAUAACCCUGGAGCUGGGAUGCACCAAGUUUCCUGAAGCGUCAGAUCUCAAAGGUUACUGGGAAGAUAACAAGCCUGCCCUCAUCAAAUACAUCCAAAUGAGCCACAUUGGAAUUAAAGGACGAGUGACUGAUUUGUAUGGCGAUGGAAUCGAACAUGCAGUCAUCGAUGUCGACGGAAUUACACACUACAUCACAACAGCAACUGAUGGCGAUUACUGGCGUCUACUAUCAGCGAACGAAGACGGGAGUCCCCGUCAUUAUACCGUCACGGCAAGCGCCCCCAACUACUACUCGGAGAAGAAGAUCUGUACGGUGUACGCAGACACCGAAGCGACAUCUUGCGACUUUACCUUGGAGAGGAAUAACGAGUUGCCGAUGAAGGGGGUUUCUGACGAGGAGAUGGAGGCACUGAAACGAGAACUGGAGAACUUCAUCUAGAAACGAGAAAAGAAACGGGUAACGUUUGGACUGUAUUCAUCAGGGAAUAACUUAUUCUUAAGUAUUUUUUUUUUUUUUUGGGGGGGGGGGGGGGAGGGUCAGAGAUUUCCCUUCACAUAAUUUUAAGUUCUAACCAGGGAUAGUGUUGUCUCUGGGCUAUAAUUAUGAGGCAUUGUGGAAACAAUUUCAAAGCCUUCAUUAACACAGACAUAUUCAUGGUGUCUAAAGUAUGAAACAGGAAAACUAUCCUCCUUUUUUGUUUGAAACACAUGGCCAAAAAAAUUAUUUUCUAAAUUACGACGGAAGACUAACUUGACAUGCUGCAAUUGAAACUUCCAAAACGUAAUCAUAAUGACAAAUUAUAGCGAUGAAAUUUCGAGAGAUGCAAAAAGAACGGGGGGGGGGGG